AUGGAGCUCCUUCCAAGAUAUUUGAACGAGAUUUCUGAUGGGGCUCGAAAUAAGCGGCUGGCCGCCUACGAAAAGCUGUCACAGCUGUGCGAACAGGGCUCUCUCAACAAUACAGAAGAGUUUGACAUGCUUCGAGCUUGCCUUCGUGGAUUUGAAGACGCCUCAGAGCGUUGCCGGGAACACUCAGUGAAGAUUGUGACACGCGUUCUUCCGCGGCAAAACUCGUCUGUGUUGGAUUGGGUUUUACCAGCUAUUGUGACUAGGAUAGGGGUAUCACCUGUUGUAGAGGAAAGUGAGGAACUACGUCUUUUAUUAUUACGGCUUGCGGUGUUGUGUAUGGAAACCUACCCAAAUGAAAUCGGCCCCCGUAACUACAUUGAUUUCUUCCAGGUGCUCUUGGAAAACUGUUUGCGUGAUGCCUUUCCAGAGCUGAAAAAAGAGGCGUGCCGUGCUUGUGUUCGCCUCUGUGAAAUUGAACCUGUAGAAUCCAAACAUAUUGCAUUGCCGCUUGCUACCGUGGUCAAAUGUUAUCUCCUUCAUAAACAUAGCGUGGUACGGGUGGAGGCUGUACGGGCAUUGACGUCACUGAUCCAUCAUGGUGCUGCACAGAUUCUUUCGGAUGGCAAGGAAGAAGAAGCGAGCAGAACAACGGCUUCCAUACUGUUUGUCUUGGCGAAUGAUCAUGCAGAAUCGGUGCGUGUCGCUCUUGUGGAGCUGCUUUCAACGGUAUUUUUGGAUAUCAUGGAGCGUCUGGAGCAACAUCGCAAGUAUUUGCCCCACUUGUUGCUGCUAAUGACCGAUCGCUUUGUCGCCGUGUCAACAAAAGCGUGUACAUUAUUGGAGAGAAUGGGGAAAUUGUAUAUGGUCGACAAUGAGGACAACUCCAUCGAUAUAACGAAGCGAAGGGUGACCAUGAAGGAUAUUGAAUGGUAUGGAGAUGAUGACUACCCAGAUAUGAAGUUGACGACAGUUGAUACAAAUCUGUAUCCUCUCUUAAAAGUACGUCCUACCUUGGGAGCACGCUAUGUCGUGGCGGAGUCUUUACGUGGAUUUAUUGAGAAGAUAUUGGCCGAUGUGACAGCCAUCGAUUGGGUUAUCAAGUUCUCUUCUAAUAAUCGACGGGUGGUUGCUCUACGCAUCCUCUGGAUGGCUAUUUACCACACUGAAAAGUCCGUGGUACAAUUUGUGGAGCAGAUAUUGGGUGUUUUGUAUAAAUCUUUAAGGGAUGAUAACCACGACGUUGUUCAAGAGUCGCUUCUUUGCCUGGAAAUAUUAGGAAAGUUCCUGACACCUGAACAGUAUAUGCCCUUUCUUACUGGAAAGGGAAAUCCAAGAGAGGCUGAAGAAGAUAUUACUGUAUUUGUUCAAUCACAGUUCAAGACGAUAUUGGUGUCACCAGCUAAUGGUUCGCCCCCUCCCGCGCCAACGGUUUUUUCAACAGCUGCGAUGUCAGUGAAAUGCAGCAUUUUGGUGGCAUUCCGUUACCUCAUAGAAGGCUCGAAAGGGUUAUUGUCUGCUUCACAGAGUAACCAAAUUGUGCAGGUGAUGACCUCUCCCGAUUUACUGGAUAGCGAUUGCGAAGCGCUUCUCUGUUCUCUGUUGGAUACACUGGGUACAGUAAUGCGUGUCCUGGGUGAGCGCGGGUUUGUUCCAACGGCAGCGAAUCCCCUACCUCGUGAAGUCGCAGAGGACAUGACGCAGAGAACACUGGAUUCCAUAAUGUUUUACGCAUUACUGCGUCUGCGAAAGUCUGACUUUCCUUCUGUACGAGAGCGGGUUUCUCGGUGUAUAAAUGAUUUGUCCUCCGUCGUAACGGGAGACGCCGAUGGCAUCUACGAUCUCCACUUUGGGAGGUUGCUGUUUAGAUAUGGUGUACAUAUGCCAGUAAGCGCCUUUUCUGAUCUUGUGCUGCACUGUAAACAUAUUGAGAGUUAUGCAGAGCAGGUUUCAGACGUAUUUCUUGUAAAGCUGAACAAUGUUGACUUUACAAAGCGCAUUAUGGAGGAAUUACAUUAUCUUCGUGCAUUGGAGCAACUUUUGUGGGAGCGGCCGCCGUUUUUUACAGGAACUCAAUUAGAGGAACUUCUUCGGCUGAUUAUUCUUCCUUUGGGCGCGUUUCACCCUGGCCGUCAAGCUCAUCUACUUAGGAAAGUUGCCCUUGGUUGUUUAUGUGCUGUUGUUGAGGAAAAACAUCGCUGUCUAUUAACUACCUCAUUUUCCGACAAUGAGUUUGCCCUUUCUUCAAAAGCGGUGACAGUUUGGUGCACUGCCUCGGAUGCAGAUGAUGCGGAGAUGCGAUUGUUAUGUAUGGAAAGUGCAGCGAAUGUAUGCUUUCUGCCUAUGAAUGCAGGCAGUGCGAAUGAUAUAUUUCAGUCGAUCUUACUACGGUUUGACGACUCUAGUGACUUUGUGCGAGUAAGAGCUGCUUCCCGGUUGCUGGACGUCUUACAAAAAAAAGACCAUGUCUGCCCUAUUGUUAUUGAUCAAAUUAUAGCACAAGUGGUGCCGUUGGUAAAAAAGGUGUUGAUACACCUCGAUGAUUCAGAGGAGACUGUGGGGUUAAGAGAAGUUCUGGUGGACGUCUUGAAGUGUACCGCAGUUCUUUCACCGCUGACCACUGCAGACCUGGUUCGUGCAGCGCAGAACAAGCACCAGAAUCCCACCUACUGCCAAAAUAUACUAUGCUACAUAGAUUCCCUCUAG